CAGCCAGAUGGUCAGAUGCCCAGUGACAAAACCAUAGGAGGUGGAGAUGAUUCUUUUAAUACAUUUUUUAGUGAAACCGGUGCUGGCAAGCAUGUACCUAGAGCUGUUUUUGUGGACCUUGAGCCAACUGUUGUGGAUGAGGUGCGUACAGGUACUUACAGACAAUUAUUUCAUCCUGAGCAACUCAUCACUGGAAAAGAAGAUGCUGCUAACAAUUAUGCUAGAGGCCAUUAUACUAUAGGAAAAGAGAUUGUUGAUCUAGUGCUGGAUCGCAUUCGAAAAUUGGCUGACCUGUGUACUGGUCUACAGGGUUUCCUUAUUUUCCAUAGUUUUGGCGGAGGUACUGGCUCUGGAUUUGCAUCUUUGCUAAUGGAAAGACUGUCAGUUGACUAUGGGAAAAAAUCCAAACUGGAAUUUGCAAUAUACCCAGCUCCACAAGUAUCUACUGCUGUGGUGGAGCCUUACAAUUCUAUCCUUACUACACAUACCACAUUGGAACAUUCUGACUGUGCAUUCAUGGUGGAUAAUGAAGCUAUUUAUGAUAUAUGUCGACGCAAUCUUGACAUCGAACGUCCAACUUACACCAACCUCAAUCGUCUCAUUGGUCAAAUUGUAUCUUCUAUCACAGCUUCACUACGUUUUGAUGGUGCUCUGAAUGUAGAUUUGACAGAAUUUCAAACAAAUCUUGUUCCUUACCCACGAAUCCAUUUCCCCUUGGCAACGUAUGCUCCUGUCAUUUCAGCUGAAAAGGCAUACCAUGAGCAGUUGUCAGUGGCAGAAAUUACUAAUGCUUGUUUUGAGCCAGCUAAUCAGAUGGUAAAAUGUGACCCUCGCCAUGGUAAAUAUAUGGCAUGUUGUAUGCUGUACAGAGGUGAUGUUGUGCCAAAAGAUGUCAAUGCAGCUAUUGCAACAAUCAAGACAAAACGUACUAUUCAGUUUGUGGAUUGGUGUCCAACUGGGUUCAAGGUGGGCAUUAAUUAUCAGCCACCCACUGUGGUACCAGGAGGAGAUUUGGCCAAGGUGCAACGUGCUGUAUGUAUGCUGAGUAACACUACUGCAAUUGCAGAAGCUUGGGCUCGCCUUGAUCAUAAAUUUGAUUUGAUGUAUGCUAAGAGAGCCUUUGUGCAUUGGUAUGUAGGGGAAGGAAUGGAAGAAGGAGAAUUUUCUGAAGCCCGAGAGGAUCUGGCUGCACUUGAAAAAGAUUAUGAAGAAGUUGGUGUUGAUUCUGUGGAAGCUGAAGCUGAAGAAGGAGAAGAAUAUUAAGCUAUGUCAGAUG